GAGACUAGUAUUCACAUACGUCAGAGGUUUUGGCAGCCCGUAGGUGAACUAUUUUCUUCAUUGUUGACCUUUCCUAAAUCUUAGGUGUAAUUAUUUCAUCAUUAGAAGUGCUUUAGCUUUACCGUUUAUAUCAAGUGUAGAUAUUUUGACAAAGCCUCAACGAUGGACUCGGAAGACGAUACAAAGGAUGAUGUGGAUUCUGGGAACGAAUCGAGCGGAGACGAUGUCGACUUUGUAAUGGACGAGACCCACAGUACAAGGGAACGGCAGGUGGAGCUGGAUGAAUAUCCAUACGAGGUGCUAUCUACAGAGGAAAUCGUCCAACACAUGGUUGAUUGCAUCAAAGAAGUGAACACAGUCGUCGAGAUCCCAGCUACAACCACCCGCAUACUGCUAAAUCACUUCAAAUGGGACAAAGAAAAGCUCAUGGAACGUUUCUACGACGGCGACCAGGAUCAAUUGUUUUCCGAGGCUAGAGUCAUAAAUCCAUUUAGAAAACCUGUUAUACAGAGGCCAAAGACCGUGUUGCAGCUGCCCAGACGGACGUCAACAUCAGGAACUGAGGAGUGUGAAAUAUGUUUCACAGUACUGCCAACUGCGAUGAUGACGGGUCUGGAGUGCGGCCAUAGAUUUUGUACACAAUGCUGGUGCGAAUACUUGACUACCAAAAUAAUGGAAGAAGGCUUAGGUCAAACUAUAGCGUGCGCGGCGCACGCGUGCGACAUUUUGGUCGACGACGCGACCGUGAUGCGGCUCGUGCGCGACGCGCGCGUCAAGCUCAAGUACCAGCACAUCAUCACAAACAGCUUUGUGGAGUGCAACCGGCUUCUCCGCUGGUGCCCAUCGCCAGACUGCAGCAACGCGAUCAAAGUAGCGUACGUGGAGGCGGCGCCCGUCACCUGCCGCUGCGGACACACCUUCUGCUUCAGCUGCGGAGAGAACUGGCACGACCCCGUGCGCUGCUCGCUGCUGCGCAAGUGGAUCAAGAAAUGCGACGACGAUUCUGAAACAUCGAACUGGAUAGCGGCCAACACGAAGGAAUGUCCGAAGUGCAACGUGACCAUCGAAAAGGACGGCGGCUGCAACCACAUGGUGUGCAAGAACCAGAACUGCAAGGCGGACUUCUGCUGGGUCUGCCUCGGGCCCUGGGAGCCGCACGGCAGCAGCUGGUACAACUGUAACAGAUACGACGAAGACGAAGCAAAGGCGGCCCGCGACGCCCAAGAGCGGUCGCGCGCCGCACUACAGCGGUACCUGUUCUACUGCAACCGCUACAUGAACCACAUGCAGUCGCUGCGCUUCGAGUCCAAGCUGUACGCCUCCGUCAAGGAGAAGAUGGAGGAGAUGCAGCAGCACAACAUGAGCUGGAUCGAGGUUCAAUUCCUAAAGAAGGCCGUAGACAUCCUCUGCCAGUGCCGGCAGACGCUCAUGUACACGUACGUGUUCGCGUACUACCUGCGCAAGAACAACCAGUCCGUCAUCUUCGAGGACAACCAGCGCGACCUCGAGUCCGCCACCGAGACGCUCUCCGAGUAUCUGGAGAGGGAGAUCACUAGCGAAAACCUGGCCGACAUCAAGCAGAAGGUGCAGGAUAAAUAUAGAUACUGCGAGAGCCGGCGCCGCGUGCUGCUGCUGCAUGUGCACGAGGGUUACGAGCAAGACUGCUGGGACUACACAGAGUAAUCAUCUCACUACUAACCUCACAUACAACUCACACACACAACUGUGCUGAACUCACUAAGGCGAUGUGAAAAAUAAGUGCUUCUAACUCUUACAGUACACAGAGAACGUUGAACAGGAAAAGCAAAGUUCUUCCUUUUUAACUGUAUCUGUUUACGUACUUGUGCAAGAGAGAGGCCACGAGGGUCGGUGAAGAUAGGAAGGCGUGGCGCAAGCUCUUCAAGGUCUUUUGUACCUCUGGGAUGCCUUAGGACAACAACUUAUACAAAUGAGUUCUUGCCUUCUGAGAUGGACUUUAAAGAAAGUACAGGUCUUACCUUCUUUCUUAUAUUAUUUCUAGUUAUCGGCUACUUCCCACGUCCUCUUGUGAGACAGGCGCGUGAGUUGUAAUUUUCUCAGCACAGAAGUGUAAAGCUGAUUCUUGGUCAAAUAGAGGCCUUUGUGCCUGCAAAGAUUCAACCCCUGAUCCCUAUUUGACAAUUACUCGUCAUUAACGUUUAUCCACCAUUAUGAUUUUGAUUGUAUUUUUUUAACAAGGAAUCGGAGGACAAAAUUGACAAUUCAUUUACCCAUAUUCGCCAAUCAUGUUUCAUUUUCCAUACAUCUCAUAACAUACGGAAGAUUACAUUGGAAUUGAAAAUUACUAUCUGUUGAUUAUCUUGCUUGAAUUUUUUUCUUUAACUAUUGUUUUUGUCGUUAGAUGUUCAAACAAUUUUUAAUAAGUUUAUUUUGCAAGUUUGCGAUCGAAAUUGUUUUUAAUAUUUAUAAUCACGUCUAAACCUAAUAACACUUUAAAAUAAAGAGAAACAAGAUCCAACACCUUGUGUUCGUUUUAAACCUAUUGUAUGUAAGAAUUUUAUUUUUCUAAUAAUAGUUCACCUAUGUAUAAAUUAUAUUGAAAUAUGUAUAAAAUCAUUUUUUUGUAUUAUACGAUGGUUCAUAUACAUACAUCGCUGUUGAGGGACAUGUUUUGCUGAUGUAAGAUCUCAUGUAAUUUACAUUUUAAAUGUAUAUUUUCACGUGGUGAAAGAUAUAUUUACUAAUACUCUCAUUUGGUACUUUUAUCAUUAAAACUAGUUUCUAAAGUAUUGUAAUGGUAAACCAACACUCGUACUGUCAGUAAGGCCAUUUCAUUCAAAAGUUGUAUUAACGGUAAUUCAUAUUGUUUCGUUGUAAAAUUUUAAACCAUUAUCUUUUAGUGCAGAAUUUAGACAUUUGUUUUAGUCAUAUUUUCAUUUAGUAACGAUUUAAAAUAAUUGAAAGGACUGGAAUGCAAGUUGUGUAACGUCGAAAGCUGUCUGUAACUAGGCGUGUCCACACAGAGCGAGCAGCGUCCCGAAGCACUUCGCGCGGCAAAUGGCAAAUUUAGACGUGAAUCGGCCAAGGCAGGUUGACAUAUGUUGGCCAUUUGCUGCGCGAGGGCAUUGUUUGCUCUGUGUGGACCCGCCAUUCUCUCUGCGAGAAUUUCCUGCCACCCGUAAAAAUGUGCACUCGAUGUUCUAACGAACCAGAGUCAUAUCGCUUUGUUGAUGUCGUAUUGUUCGACUAGAAUAGCUUGUAGCUAGUACCAGAUACCGUUGACCAGGAAAUUCCCCUUUGAAUUGAUGCUACUUCAAAAUCUAACUUUUAUUUUCGAUGUUUCGUUUGACUGUGUAAUAAUAAUUAUCGUGUAAAUCGUAUUAGUGUAGUGUAACAUUUAAAACUUCGAUGAUACUUAUUUGAUAAUUGUAUAAUGACCUCAUUUCCCUCGGGAUUUAGAAUAAUAGCGUUUUGUUACUUUAUUUUAGCUUUGGCUUGUUAAUUUGAACUAAAAAAGUAGAAAACUAGCAUGAAAUGGCACAUUAUAGAGUUGCGAAGAAGAAACAAAAAAUAUAUUUUACCAAAAAUCCUAUUUUUGUUAUUAGAGUAAUGUUUAUGAAUACGAAUGUAAGCUGUUCGAUCGAAUUUUAGUUUUGGUCGCCCUUGAAUAAUCUUACAUAUAACGUACGUAGCGGUUACUAGCGGAAUACAGACACGACCGGUACUGGAGCCCGCUGACUGAGGGUCGUUAAAGUAAAAGUAAGUCGCGACUAACGUUCACACUAAACGUUUGCAUCUCGGGAUUCGCUAUUUCAUACAAGUUAAGAGAUAAAAUCUAUUUUUGAAAGUCUAGUGAAUUCAAGCUUUUGUACAAUAGAACUCGCGCUACAUAUCUGAUAUCUCUCAUAAAUAUAUUAAACGAUUCGUGCAUAAGUCGGUUGCACUGCCAGUAAACGUCUAAAGUAAAUUAAUGUAAAGCUUGCGUAUGAGUGUUCACAUAGUGAGCGCGUAGAGUAGAAGGUCCUUGCUCCGACAGCCGACAUGCCAGAGUGCGCACGGUGUCGGCAGCUAAGGACCUAGUUUCGGAACACACUUGUACAUAUAGACGCUAUAUAAAUAUUUAUAUGGUUACUUGUAACUCACAUUAUGACAAUGGUAUUGAUGAGCAUCGUGUGUGUGACUAUGUUUAAGGACACAGUUGGUUAAGUAAGAAUGAAUAAAAUAGUAACAUCGACUAA